CUGUGGCGGUAUUUAGGAUUCGACCAGUGAGAGAUGAACAAACGCAGCACACUUUUCUGUAUUUCGUGAGGUGUUUUUGUUUGUAAUUUCGUCGUCGCUGUUUAUCCGUGUGUUUAUUCCGCUUGAAAUUAAUAUAACAGCUAAUAAACCUUCAAAAUGAGUAAUAUUUAUAUUCAAGAACCACCAACGAACGGCAAGGUUUUAAUAAAGACCUCAGCAGGUGAUAUAGAUAUAGAACUUUGGUCUAAAGAAGCUCCUAAAGCCUGCAGGAACUUCAUUCAGCUCUGUAUGGAAGGUUACUACAACGGAACCAUAUUCCACCGCGUGGUUCCAGAUUUCAUCAUUCAGGGCGGUGAUCCGACUGGCACUGGGACCGGGGGGGAGUCCAUCUACGGCCGUCCUUUUAAGGAUGAGUUCCACUCCAGGUUGCGCUUUAUUAGGAGAGGUCUGGUGGCGAUGGCUAAUGCCGGACCUCACGAUAACGGCAGUCAGUUUUUCUUCACUCUGGGCCGAGCUGAUGAACUCAAUAACAAGCACACAAUAUUUGGAAAGGUGACGGGUGACACGGUGUACAACAUGUUACGCUUAGCCGAGGUGGAGUGUGACGGCGACGAGCGACCGUUAAAGCCGCACAAGAUCAGAACUACAGAGGUCUUACAUUCUCCCUUUGAUGACAUCGUGCCUCGUGAGACGCGAGUCAAGAAAGACAAACACAAAGAGGAGGCAAAGAAAUCUCAGUCCAAGGCAACGAAGAAUUUCAGUCUGCUGUCGUUCGGUGAGGAGGCGGAAGAGGAAGAGGAAAUGGUCACUCAAGUCAGCCAGACCAUGAAAGGAAAAAGUAAAAGCAGUCAUGACCUUCUGAAGGACGACCCCAAGCUGAGCUCCGUUCCCGUGGUGGACAGCAGAACAAGUCCAGGAGACGCUUCAGAGGGAGAUGAUGAAACACAGGACCAGGAUGAUGAUGAUGAUGAUGAGGAUGAUGAUGACAAAAAGGUGAGGAAGAAGGAAAUGAGAGAGCGCAUCUCAAAAAAGCUGAAGAAAGAGAAGAUGGAGGAGGAGAAGUCUGAAGCGCAGGAGGAGACGGAGAAGAAGAGCAGUCGCAGCGAUGAACUCCGUAAAGAAGCUCGUCAGCUGAGGAAGGAACUCCUCGCGAUCAAGCAGCGAAAAGAAGAGAGGAUGAAGCCGGAGGAGAACAGCGCAGGAGAGAAGAAAGCGACGGGCGAGGCCGUGUCCGAGUACCUGGAGAGCAAGAAGAAGUACGAAGAAAUGAGAACUCAAAAGCUGAAGAAGGGUUCGAGCAGAGAGGCGCAGACACUCGCUCUUCUGGACCGUUUUAAGACCAAGCUGUCAUCAGCGAUUUCCGAAACCCCAGAGGCACCUGACGACGAGGAGCUGGAAGAGGAUGACGAUAAAGGAUGGAUGACGCACGUGCUGCAGUUUGAUGAACAAUCCAGGAAGGUGAAGGACGCGAACAUGCAGGACGAAGACACGUUCGAGAUCUACGACCCGCGCAACCCCGUCAACAAACGCAGACGGGAAGAGAGCAAGAAACUGCUGAAGGAGAAGAAGGCCAAGAGGUGAUCUCCUUCUCACCACCCGGUUCCUCUGGCUGUAUAUAUUCUGUCCCUGUUCAGGAUGGACUCCGCUCCUCCGCCUCGCCGAGCACCCUGCACGCGUCUUUGAGUCAGGAAUAAAAUAAAGGACACGUUGUGAGCAGCUUCGCUUUAGAAAAUAGGAAAUCUUAUCUUCUCGGAAUGUGAACCGAAGUCAUGUUCAUUUAAUAAAGGAGUGCUUUUUUUCCCCUAAAA